UUCCGUAUACCGUUCACUGAUUACGCUUCCGUUUAUAAAGCUGAUCAAGAAAGAGUCUUUUAGUCUUAGUCCACGCACGGGCUUAGAACAAUCAAACGCACAUUCCGUGUACAAAGCGCAAACAUGGCCAAGUCCGGAAUUCAUUUUCUACUAUUGCUGAUUAUCACAGUGAUUUUAAUAUCGGCUAUGCCACAUCCCGGCGACCAUCAUGAACAUACGCACUUCAUCAUUCACGUGCCACAUCAUAUUCAUAAGCAUCAUCACACACAUGUAAAGAAGAUUUACAUACCAGUCAAGUCAGACGAUCAUCAUGAGCACGAAGAACAUGAAGAUGGAUGGUAAACUAUACUGUUUCGUAAUUUUUUCGUAAUUAAUGAUGAAGAUGAGCUCUUCGAAUAUGCUAAUUGACGAGGUUCUGACGAUGUUAUUAACUUGUUAUUGUUUCUCACUAUUAAUUGUACAAAAUAAAACGUAUUUAUAACUUAUUUAACUAUUUUCUUAUCGCAUAAACUCUU